UGCGUUUGAGCAUCAGAAAUUCCAAAGAAUCAACACAUUUGGUAGGAGGAAGUUUCACCCUUGAGAGAGAGAGAGAGAGAGUGUUGCAGAAGAAGAAGAACAAGAGUGGAAAAUGGGGGAAGAGAGAGAAGAUCCACAGAAGCUGAAGAAAUUAGCGGCGGAUUCCUACGACUACGACGCCGACUCUCGAUGGCCCGAUUACUGGGCCAACGUUCUCAUCCCUCCCAACAUGGCCUCCCGCUCCGACGUCGUUUCACACUACAAACGCAAGUUCUACCAGCGCCACGUUGACCCUGAUCUUGUGGUAGAACCAAUGAAUUUUGGCAGUUCAUCUCAGCCAGCACGACAAUCAUCAACAACAACAUCGUCAACCCCACCCCGGACAAAUGAUCAAGUUCGUGCAAGAAGCUCUGGAUCAAGUAAUAGAACAUCAGGGACAUCUGCAACUGCAGGUCCUAAUUCAACUCCUUUGCGUUGGGAUCGGCAGACAAUUCUAUUUUCUGUUAAUGCUUGGGUGUUUGUUGUGGCUGUCCUUGCUGUUUUUCCACUGGUACCUAGACAUCUUUCUCAAAGGGCAUAUCGUCUUUCUUUUAUGGGUACUACUUGCUCUUCUCUGUACUCAUUGUACUCACAGUAUGGGAAGCCAAGAGCAUGGAAUUUGCAGGCGUUGCAAGUUUACUUUCAAUCAAUAAUAGCUGCAAAGGAUUUUAUAUACUUCAUCUACUGCCUUACUUUUGUUACAUCACAUCUUUGCCUUAAAUUUGCUUUGAUUCCAAUCAUAUGUUGGGCAUUUGAAAAUGUUGCCAAGUUCCUUAGACGUAAUUUCAGUCGCUCUACCUUGUACAGGAAGUACUUGGAAGAGCCUUGUGUUUGGGUGGAGUCAAACAAUAUGACCCUCAAUAUACUGACAUCACAUGCCGAGAUUGGACUUGGAUUUCUGCUGGUCAUCUCACUGUUCUCGUGGCAGCGCAACAUAAUACAGACAUUCAUGUACUGGCAGCUUUUGAAGCUCAUGUAUAACGUUCCAGUUACUGCUGCUUACCAUCAGAGUGUUUGGGCUAAAAUUGGGAGGACGGUUAAUCCACUCAUCCACAGCCAUGCACCAUUCUUGAAGACACCUUUAUCUGCUGUCCAAAGAUGGUGGCUAAGAUAGAGGCUUGUCUGAAGUGAUUUCAGAAGAACACUAAGUAGACAUUUUUCGUGUUAUUUCAUCUUCAAAUACAAAUUGAAUUCACAUGGAACGAUCAAGUACUCGUUGGAUUAAUCUCCAUAUAACAGAGAACUAAAGUAGAUUUUGGAUUGAAUAAUGAUCCAAUCGUGAAUGACAAUUUGAUUAAGUAGUGUGUUUA